AUGAGUCCUCCCCCUUCCUCCGGCUACCCGUCCUACAAUCCUGCCGCUUCCGGUAUUAGCGAUCCGUCCGCACCGUACCCACCACCUCAGGAUGCCUACGCUGGUGCCAAUGAAUUCGCUGGUGGUCCCGAUCGUCGCUACCAGAUGCCUACGAGCGGUGGUCCACCGAGAGGUGGCAUGAGCGCCCGCGGCGGUCCCCCUGGGGCCCAUCCGCUACCGCCUCCUCCUGGUCAGAACAUGAAUACUCCUCCCCCGUACGGAUACACUCCCGCCUCAUUUGAGAGUGCGCCUUAUGGUGCUCCCUCUUCUUACGACCAGUCUUCGGCGCCGCCUGCUUCUUAUGGUCAGCCACCACAGCAAGCUCCGGGAUACUCGCAAGACUACAAUCCCGCUGGUCCUCCGCCUCGCCCACCACCGGCCGCCUUUGACGGUCAAGGCUACGGCAGGCAACCUCCCUUCGGCCAGGGCUUCCGGUCAGAUGGACCCCCGCAAGGUUCCUACGGCCGUCAACCCCUCGACGAAGACACUGGUUUCCGCGGCGGACGUGGCGGAAGGGGCGGGCGCGGGGUUCGUGGUGGCGGGCGCGGUGGACGCGGCGGAGGCGGCGGCGGCGGUGGUGGUGGUCGCUUCGAUGAUGACGAAAAGCCUUGCCGAACCAUCUUCGUUCGAAGCAUCAACUUCGAGACCGACGCCGAGUUCGUUAAGCAGCAAUUUGAGCAGUUCGGCCAGAUCAAGACCUUCUUCGACAUGGUCAACAAGCGUGGCAUCGCUUUCAUCACGUACUACGACCUUCGCUCGGCAAGAGACGCCAUGCUAGCAAUGAAGGGCGCUCUCUUUGGCGGUCGUCCCAUCAACAUCCAUUAUUCGCUGCCACGUGAGGAGGACAAAGCACAGCGCUGCGAUCGUGACAAGAAUCAGGGCACCCUCUUCACUGUGCUCAAAGGUGCUCAGCAGGAUCUCGAUGAUGACGCCGUGCGACAAGUCUUUGCAGAGUUUGGCGAUCUCAAGAAGAUCCGCGACUACCCUGGGCAGAAGAACAGCCGCUUUGUAGAGUACUUUGACAGCCGUGCUUGUCAGCUUGCUCAUGACCAGCUCAACGGCCGUUCACACCUUGAUGGUCAGUGGGACCUUAAAUUUGCUUGGGACGUCGUCACAGAUGAAGACAUGGAGUGGGCCAAAGCUCCGCAGCAGGCCGGUGGACCUGGUUUCCAACCUGGUCCGCCUGCCGCUCAGUCCGUUCGGGGUGGCAGAGCCGGUGGGUCGGACCGAGGCUCCUCAUCCGCCGACUACGGCCCACCCGCUGGCGGUGAGACAGGUCUUGGAUACGGUCGUCCACCCAUUCCUUCCACUGGUGCACCUGUGGACAAUGGCUGGGGUAGACGUGCUGGCUCUGGCUCUGCUGCCGCUGGCGCCUCUGCUCCACCAUCGGCAGCAGCUGCAGGCGCGGACGCCGGCGAUGUCAACCGUCUCGAACAAGCACAGAAGGUGCAGCAGCUGCUUGCAUCCCUUGGUGCUGCUUCCAAGCCUCCGGCGACAGCUGCGACCUCUACACCUCCCCCUCCCUCCAUCGCUAGCCCGCCGGCACGCAGUCCGCCAGCCACUCACGCUUCCGCUGCAGGAUCCGCAGGACUUCCGCCCAACAUUGCUGCUCUGCUUCAGUCGGCGGCUGGUGCACCCAAACCCAUGCAGCCACCCAAACCGCAAUCGCCUCCCACUUCCAACGCCGCCGCAGCCGGCCAAGAAAGUGGUCAGCAAUCUGUUCAUCAGCUCUUGAGCAUGCUCAACCAGAAUCGACCCCCUCGUCCUUCGUAA